UCUAGUAUUACUAGUUCCUGAUGCGAUUGUUUUCCCGAUACACACAAUGCGUUGUACGGUCGUCUAUGCCACAUCGUAGUUUACAAGAGAGUUGAAGAUACACAGGAUAUAUGACAGACGAUGUGAUUUCUGCCAGCCUCCUGUGACAAUCCUGACCAGCUUCCUUGGUCUGGUUUGCCGUUGUCGGUCGAUUGGUCGGUGGACCGUCCAGGUCGAGAUUUCUUCUGUUUGCAGUGUGACUUUGUUCGGUGAGGAUCAGGGAGUGCUGACAAUGUUGGGAUGGUGAAGUCUCCUGGUAGUUGACACCUCGACUGAUUCUGCUGGACAUCUUACUUUCUUGUUGUUUUGUUAACUCUUGAUGUGGCGGUGGUUACUAUUGACAAGACGGCUGUCAUCUUAAGGAGUAUUCUGCAGUGCUCGUUGGCCAACAACACAUUUUCUGAGUGAUUUUCUUGGAUGACAACAAAAGUGAAGACAACAACAGUAGUAUACAUCUUUUCUUUCUAGCAAUCCUAGCUCCAAUAACGCUAAUCUGCUUGCUAUGCUGUGUAAUGUACAUACGCCAACGCAGCGAUCAUCUCCUAAUGCCGCCGUUACAUCACCGGUCACAGAGACUAUCCAUGUCUACUCCAUCUGAUACAACGCCACCAAUGAGCCAGCUGCCGCUAAUGCAAGGCAGGCAAUUUUCUAGUGAGCGCCAGCAGGAGAUGCUGCGCCAACAGCGAGAGACUGUUUGCCGUCGCAGUGAAUCCACGGAGGAGUAUCCCUCCACAGUUGUCCAUUACGACGAGGAAGCGCAGCCCUUCAGACUCUUCACAGAGGACGCGUGUCGGUCGGGGAUUAGAGCCCCACCCAAUCGGACUGUCUUUGACAGCAUAGAUAGUAACCCAAAUAUGAAAAAAGCACCCAAACUGGACACGAAACAAAGUGCCGUUCAUCGAACAGAUUCCUCCACACAAGCUGGCUCCCUAAAGGGCAAGUCAGGGUUACAAGUGCUAGAUAGUGAGACCAAAACUCCUCUCAAGUUAUUAGAUCCGGAUUCGGAAGGCCCUCCCCCGUAUACGGCGGUGAUAAAGAAGCAGCACCAACAACAACGUAGACCCUCCUCGGAGGUCAUCAAUGUGUGUGAUACAUCUGACCAUAGCCACCUUGUGGCCGCUCUAAGCGAACCCAGCAUGCAGGGGUCGAUUGUGGAGCAGACGUGGCUCCUGCCUCACCGACCGCACGACGCUGCCACACCGCCCUCGACGCUGUCACAGCAUCCUCGACCUAGCAGUAGACACUCCCCGCUCCCUCCGCUGCCCAGGAGGGAAAAAGACAUCCACAGAAGAUGUGAAUCCAGUGAGUCUCAUAUCGCAUGACAUGGCUGAAACGUAGUUCCCACUACUCCAAGUUCACCCCCCAAGCACCAAGACAUGCUAGGAAUCUAUAUGCAGCCUUAUUAUGUAAAACAAGUAAAACUAAAGGUGCCUGCCACAGGCACGUUGGUAUGGCGCUAUUCAUAUUUUAAAAAAAAUGUCAUGAUGAGCAGAUUCAACUAUUUGGCAUUGUGGCGAUCAUAUUUCUGAGGAGGAUGGUAAGAGAAUCAGAACAAGAGCUCUAGAGAGAUCCUUAGCUUGAUCCCAACCCCCCUUCCCCCUCCUUGCCCCUUUAUCUUUACAUCCAGUCAUAAAUAAUCCUGAAACCAAAUCAGGACAUUGUUAAGACAUUAAGUUUUAACUCAAGUUUCCAUAUCUGGUGAAAAUACCUUGUACAUGUACAUGUAGUUCAUUUACUGCAUGAGCAUUCUGCUCACCUUUAACCAUUGCCAUUGAAACAUAAGAGCAAAGGCUUUUUUUCUUCUUUUUUUUCUUUUUUUUUCUUCUUGCGAACAGGGUAUCAAAUAUUUAAUCUUGUAGAGAUGUUUGACUCAGCAAUAACAACUGGAUGGGGUGGCUUUUGUGUGUAUUUAUAUAUCCCAACCAUCUCAGCUGAUGGCAGGUCAGAGUUCAUGACCCCUAGCCUAACCCCCUUUAACAUUCCAAUAUAACAAUGAGGAAAUAAGAGCAAAGUGCACCCAAGCCAGCACAAUGAAUGUUUGAACUUUUUCCUAUCAACGAACAUGGGCGAUUCACUUAACAUGAACGCAGCAUUGCCUUUCACAACGAUGUACAUGGGUACAGGAAGUUUUUUUUCUUUGGGGGGGGGGGGGGGGUGUUAGCCCUCAAACUCUUCACCAAAAAUGAUUCAUUGUGUG